AUGAAGGCAUAUGGUCAACUGGACGACUUGUCUAAGGCGCCUGCAAAACGCCUCGUUCUCAUCGUAGGCGAUGGACUCCGUGCGGAUUUCGUGUUCUCUGCCAAUGCAAGUGUUAUUGUACCUGGAGCGCCAGAAUCUGUGGCGCCGUACCUGCGCGACGUGAUCGAACAUAGAGGCGCCUGGGGCGUGUCGCACACACGUGUACCGACUGAAAGCCGCCCGGGACACGUCGCGUUGAUUGCGGGAAUGUAUGAGGAUGUGUCGGCUGUAACAAAGGGAUGGAAAACCAACCCAGUUGAUUUUGACUCCGUGUUCAAUCGCUCCAGUCAUACAUUCUCGUUCGGUUCGCCGGACAUCCUACCCAUGUUCGAACACGGAGCGACCCCAGGGAGAGUCAAGACAUGGAUGUACGACGAAGAGGACGAAGACUUCACGAAAGACGCCACGGGACUUGAUAUCUGGGUGUAUGCCAAACUCGUAGAGCUCCUUAACAACGCCACGAGAGAUGCAACACUAGACGCGCAGCUUCGAGACAAUCAAGUUGUGUUCUUUCUGCACCUACUAGGACUGGAUACCACCGGGCAUUCUUACCGUCCUCACUCAAAGGAAUAUAUGCGCAAUAUCGCUGUAGUCGAUGAUAUCGUCAAGAAGACGGAGAAGCUAUUCCAGGAUUUCUACGCCGAUGAUCGCACAAGCUUCAUCUUCACGGCCGAUCAUGGCAUGUCUGUGAUAGGUAAUCACGGCGACGGUGAUCCGGACAACACUCGCACACCCCUCAUUACAUGGGGCGCCGGGAUCCGGAAGCCCAUAGAAUUGGAUUCUCCAGACGUUCCUGACGAAUACAGCGCACCAUUCGAGUUGGAACAUCUAGCUCGACGCGACGUGGAGCAAGCAGAUGUUGCGGCUAUGAUGUCUGCUCUAAUCGGGUCCGACUGGCCGGUAAACUCCGUCGGUCGUCUACCGGAUGUCGAUCCCUCGCAACCUGGAUUCUUCGAUAUGAGCGAGGAAAACCUGGCUCUCGCAGGCCUGACGAAUGUGCAGGUCCUUCUUGUCCAUUACAUCACCAAACAUAACGUGAAAGCACAGCACGCCUAUCGCUACAAGCCGUUUCCCAAACUCGAUCACUCGCGUGUACCCGGCCAGUAUCCAGGUCGUGCUCGCGUCGCUGAACUUGGACAGCUAGCGUAUUCUCGAGACUUCAUCACGUUACGGGAGAAAGCUGUGCUUCUCAUUGAUGACCUCUUGCUUGGACUGAGAUAUCUUGAAACAUAUGACAGGACGCUCAUACAAUUACUCGUUGCACUCUCAUAUACCGGGUGGAUGGCCUUCUGCUGGGCCGUUUUGCUCUAUUCGCCUCAAGGUCCGGCGGCAGUUGCCUUGAAUCCCGUGCGAGAAGGAGCAGUGUUUCCGUACUUGAUCGGGGCAGCUUGGACGAUGUUCUGGAGCAUGCAUGCCAAAUGGACCCUCUACGUCUACGUUAUCUUCCCUGCGAUGUUCUGGCAGAUCGCAUUGUCUAUACUCUGGCCCCAUCUUCGUCCGAGUCUGGUUCGUCUGAUAGGAAGCACGGGCACCGUUGUCCUGCUCUGCAUCGGCACGCUACAGGGCAUGGUGGCUGCGUAUACUACGCGGACACUCUGGAGCGUAGGUUUCCUCCUUAUCGGCUUGGUAUGGCCACGCACGUGGCCAAAUGGUGUCAAGUCCGAUCUUGUCAACAUUCACUUGCACUGGCCCUUGGCGUGUCUAGUGACGGCCGUCUUCCCUUUGCUAAACGUUUCUCCGUCCGAGAGCAUAGCAGCUAUCAUGUUCGGUGGUAUCGUCAUGGUUGGCCUCGGCUUACAUGCCACUCUCCGCGUGGCAGAUGCACCUGCCCGCGGAAUAGCGUUCUCACAGGUCUUCUUAAUCGCCCUCGCCAUGACCUCCACUUUCGUCUCUGCGUCGAGUCUGCAAGCUAAGAACGGGCUACCGUUCGUGUCCCAGGUAUCCGGAUGGACCAUAUUCUUCGCCGCCAUCGUUCCGCCGUUUCUGCUUCCGCGAACGGUCUCCGCAAACGCCAAGAUACUCGUAUACUUCCUGGCAUUCUGUCCAUGCUUUGUGAUACUGUCCAUCCGAACUGAGGGGCUGUUCUAUGUCUCGUAUUGCGGGACGUUGUGGCUGUGGAUACAGACCGAGGCUGCUGUGCGCAGUGCUUCGCCGCAACAAGAGAAGAGUAGCCCACGUACACCGCAAGAAGAGGACGUCCUCAACUGGAAUCCUGGUCAGCUCAUGCUCGAUGAUGUGCGCAUCGCCCUGUUCUUCCUUUUCUUCGUACAAGUUGGCUUCUUCGGGACCGGCAACGUUGCUUCCAUAUCGUCUUUCUAUCUUGAGCCCGUGUACCGUUUGGUACCUGUCUUCAAUCCUUUCCUGAUGGCCUCACUCCUUCUCUUCAAGAUCCUGUCACCAUAUGUUCUCUUAUCGGCUUGUUUCGCAGCUCUCAAUACCCGUCUGCAUAUGCCAGACUUUGCUCUAUUCCUGAUUGCGCUUGCUCUGACAGACGGCAUGACCUUGACAUUCUUCUUCAAAGUCACAGACACAGGAUCAUGGCUGGAGAUUGGUCAGACCAUCAGCCAUUUCUGCAUCACAUCUCUACUACUCGUUUUCUCUGCGGGCAUUGUCUCCCUUGGGGGUAUCCUGAUGGGUGAAAGACAAUCGAUGGUUCAUGUAGCUGAUAAGAAAGUAGACUAG